CUUCUUCAUCAGAUCGUGCUCGAUUAUUUGACGUCUCUGUGGUUGGAUUAAUCGUUCGCUUAUUUAUUUUUGAUUAAAAAAUACAUGCCUACGUGAUUAAUUUAAAAAAAAAAAAAAUGCAAGCCUACACGCCAUCUAGUUGUCGUAUCGGUGACCGUCAAUAUAACGCCAUCUCGUGCCUGACAGUCGAGUCCUCUAAAUACAAUUUGCAGCCAUUUUGCUACACACGUGUAGAGCUGUAGACUGUAGAGCAAGUGAGCAAGAGAAUCUGCCUGUACUACACAGUAGAAAGACGUAAAGCUUCCUGCAAUGACUUACAAGCGUAAAAAGUAUCAUCGUGGAGAAACACACAUCCGCAAAAAAUACAAAGGAAAAAGACGUACUAAAGAUCUGGAUGAGAUUGAUAAUGAUUUGAAACACAAUUCUGAAAGCCUUCUUGCUCAGAAAAUUGAUGUUGAGAAAGCUGGUAACGCACAGUACUACUGCAUACACUGCGCAAGAUAUUUCAUUGACGAGCAUUCCCUCAGUCACCACUAUCGGACUAAAGUUCACAAGCGUAGACUGAAAGCAUUAGAGUUAGAGCCUUACACUAUUGAAGAAUCGGAAAGGGCUGCAGGUCUUGGUGGAAAUUACAAGGCGCCUGUGAAGAGGAAAAUUGAAACUAUUCUCCCUAAAGUGAUGAGUGAUAAAAUUGAUGUUGACCAAGAACCAGAAUUAAAGAAACAGUGCACAGUCACACUAAGAGAAUAAAACUUGAUCAUGGCUCUAAGAAUCUUGUCUACUUCUCACAUCAACAUCACAAAUAAAAACAUUUAUCUUUUCCUAGUUCGAGGAGUUGUAUCUGCCUUGCACAUACCCGGUCAUUUAUCAAAAGCAGCAGUGUCAAUAUUAACUCCUGAUUUGAGCAAUAUUGACAGAUUGAUUACUGAUGACUUAGUGAAAUUGCAAACAAAUCUUUCAUCGAGAAAAUCAUCAUUUCAUCUGGAUUCUUUUAUUCAACAAUGGAAGCACAUGGUCGAACUCCAUCUUCAGCGCGAAGAUCUUGAAACCAGAAGAAUUGAAGUCACCCAAUUGAUGAAGCAAGUCGCGUCCAAUACUGCAGAUACCACUCGCCCCAAUAAGAUUGAAGAAGUUAAACAAGAAGGUAUAAGAUUGAGAACCCAAUUGAAAGAACUAACGAAAGUAUGGUGGGAUGUCGAAGAAACAGCCGUGACUCGAGCUUUGAGCCUUCCUAACAGCUUACAUUCUGAAACACCCAUUGAAGAUAGCAGAGAGUUGUAUUCCUUCAUUCCUCCGAAAUCCGCACAUAGCCCCAAUGAUUCCACCAAGCUGGACGUAAAGUUUGUCAGUCACAGUCCUACAGCUUUCUAUAUGAGAGGUCUUUCUGCUCGGCUUGAACUGAAUUGGAUGCGAAAUUUCAGCAACGAUUGGAUCAGCAAGGGCUACAACUUGAUUUCACCACCCGAUUUCGUUAGAUCAUUAAUAGUUGAUGGUUGCGGUCUUGAUUUCAAUAAUCCCCAAAAAGUGUUGAGUCUAGCUACAGUUCCAGAUCACGGCAGUCUUGAAAAAGGGAACGGUUUCCAUCUAGUUGGCGGUUCCUCAUUACCCGCCAUGGUGGCGUUCCUGACUAAAAAUGCUAUCGAAGAGCCGAUUCCAUUGCGACUGGCAUCUGCUGGGCGUACUUACCAUCCUCCGACGGAAUCAAACCACGAAGACCUUACCAAUACCACACAAGCUUCAUCCAUACACUUGUUAACCGUAAUGAAGAAUUGUCCAGAUGCCAUGUUUAAAGAAGUUGUACGCGUCCAAGAAACCAUUUCAAUGCAGUUGCAAAAACUUGACGUGAAUUUCAGGAUCAUUGCUGUACCUGCCCGUCAGUUGGAGUCAUGGGAACAGUACCGCUCGUCUGUUGAACUCUUCUCGUCAUCGUCUAAGAAGUUCAUUCAAGUAGCCAACAUUUCGAUCAUCGGUGACUAUAUUUCUAGACGGCUCUCCAUUUAUGGUCCAAACAAAGAGUGGCCCGGUUUUGUAACAUCCCAAGCCCUGUCUGUUCCAAAACUGCUUUAUUGUUAUUUAAAAAACUAGAGCCACCAGUAUGGAAUGUCGUAAAAGUCGUGUAAGUCAUUAGCGUUGGAAAUCAUGUUCGUAGUCCAGCAUUGUAUGAAUAGAAAACCAGAUGAUUUUUGCCUUGAAAAUACACCGAAACUUACCGUUA